AUAUCACAGCGGCGUGAGGGACUGUAGUAUGUGGCACGUUUUGUGGUGGUACAUAGCCCCAGCGUUCCCUUUUGGACCUCGACCGGUUAUCUAUCUAUCUUUCCUGAGACCUGGCGUCAGAGGAAUAAGAUCCUGUUUCUCCUUGCUACCUCAAGAACUAAUUGACUAUAUCCUUGAUUUUUUGGUCAAUGACGCUCGGUCCCUCAAAGCCUCCUCUCUGGUCUGCCAUUCUUUCCUCCACCGAACUCGUGUUCAUCUGUUCUGGCGAUUUCGCAUCACUGAUGCCCACUCCUUGAGCGAGCUUCACGAGAUGUUCCGAAAGUCUCCCCAGAUACCUCACCAAGUCAGACAAUUAACCCUUCACGAUGUUACGAGCGAUAGAGUACGAGACUCCGAGCACCUUGCACCUGUGAUCUCGUCGCUCUCUUGCUUGCAAACCAUCAUGUUCAUCAACAUUAAGUGGACAUUGCUGCCACAGGCCUCACAAGACGCACUCUCUUCACACGCUUUCCAAACCAUCCUCUUGCGUAAUACCGAUAUGACCACAUCCGACUUACGUUCCCUCGUCUCUAGCUCUCACGACAGUCUUGAUGGGCUCGAGCUGAAUGGAACACAAGUCACCGGGUCUUUUCAGUGCAGCGUAGGAUCCUCUCUACGUAUACAGACUCUGUCUCUAUGUUAUGCGCCUCUUCGCUACGAGUUAUUUUCACAGACCCUGCCCUCUUUUCUUCCAUUGGGGCAUGUCCACACCCUCCAUGUGUUGUUGCCAGAUCUUUCCUCGACGCGCUGUCUCCAAAAGGUGCUCAGUGAGCAGCUCUGUUCACUUCAGCACCUUAGAGUUACACAUCCACCGGGGUUUUGUGAUUUGGAACGUCUUACGUUGUCUUAUCGCCUUCCAAUUUCAGGGUUACUAUCCCUUAUCGUGGAGCUAUGGGACUUCUACGAGCGUCCCAUUGAUCAACAUCUGAAGUGGUGGAUAGAGAAUAUCAGGCAAUGCUCAGUGAUCGAGCGGGUCACCUUCCGCCUUCCAUUGUAUGACUAUUUAUGUGAUUACGGGGCCUGGAAGAUUUUGGAUCGCUAUCUGUGUGAGGAGGGGAGUAAUCCUUGCCUCAAAGAUGUCGUAAUUGACCUGGACGCGAACUGGCCAACCUUUCCAUUCGCUAAAUCUGCCAAGCUCGCUAUGGAGGGUCAGUUCACGGAUAAGCGAGUUCGUGUUGUGGUUACAAGUCGGUCUUUCCUGAUGUUUCGAAUUGUUCUGGGCUCUGACGCGGUUGCAGAUUAGUAUAAGGGUUACGUUCUUCUCCCAAGUGUAGAAUGGCAGUGUUUGGACGAUUAGUAGUAACUUGUCAUCCGUGUUCAAUCCAAGAAUGUUCAUUUCAGCCGGGAGCUGCCAUUGG